UGUUGCAAUUUGUUUGAGGUUCACUCAAAAAAUGAAGUAUUUUGCCUGGACUAUCAGUGUAAUAAGCUAAUGAGUUUGGUAGCUAUGGCAACAUUAUAUUGUAGCCAUGGCAACGGACUGAAACAUUGUACACGAGUGUGUGGUUCAUCGCCCAUAUUGCUUUGCCGCAGCGCGGAGUUGUCAUUUCGAGCCAGCCAGUGAUUCUUGCCGUUUCACAGCCAAGUCCGAUCUCAGAAAAUUGACACUUUGUAAACUUGAGUGACUGAAAAGCGAACGUUUCGAAUUGUCCGCUCAUCAUGGCGUUUAUGUCCGAAUUCUUUGCCAUUGUGGUUGCCAUUUUAUCGAUGAGGGCCCUCUCUGAGUCAAAUCUCUGCCCGUCUCGGUCCCCUGUCAAAUGCUCUUGCCCGCAAGAGUGGCAAUUGUGGGGUAACGAGUGUUAUCGCCUCACUCCUUCAUACUAUAAUUGGGAUGACGCCAAGAAAGUUUGCCAAGGCAUGGGAGGCAAGAUGGCCACUCCUCGCUCGCUCGAGGAACUGAACUUCAUGGUGGAACUGGCACGAAAGGAGGACGGUGAAUACUACGCCUGGAUUGCUUGCAAUGACAAAGAGGUUGAAGGAACUUGGGAGUGUGACGGUCAGGAAGGAGGCGAGCCCUUCUUGGUAUGGGCUGAUGGGCAACCAAAUAAUUGGAAAGGCAAUCAAGAUUGUGCUAAGUUAGUCGUACGUUAUAUAGACACGAUGGAUGAUGAACAAUGUGAGAGAUGGUGGAAGGCUUUUUGUGUUCGUCUCUCAACCCAACCCCGUCAAUACUGCCUCUCUACCGACACCCACAGCCGCAUUCUCAACUCAACGUGCCUCCUCGACCACAACAUCCGGGAGUUUAUCACCGAGGGCGUGGUCGCCUGUGGCUCAGCCUGCGCCCAGGAGCCCGGAUGCCGCUCUUUCAACAUCAAGAAAACCGAAGACGGGAAGAAGAUAUGCCAGCUGAACAACAGCACAAGCUCCGAAGAUAAGGAUAAGUUUCAGAAGACUGAUUAUUUCUGUGUGUACUCAGAGGUGUGCCUUGGCUAGUCAUGACAAUAAUGGAACAAUUUCAAAGAUGCACUCUGCGAACUUGUGAAUUCGGAUUUCGUUCCGACGAUAAAACAUUCGCGAGACACUUGUUCUUAUCUUUACAUCACGUAGCAACUAUUUCAUUUUUUUUUGUUCGUUCUGAAACGAAAACACAGCUUCUGAUGUACUUUGAAGUAAAGAAUAUGCAUGUAAAUACUUUGCUCUUUUUGCGAACAUGAAAAAUGAUUGGAUUGAAAGCAUUUUGAGCUGAUGAAAAUCGUUCGAUUUCUUUCCAUAGAUUGCAUAACAGAUUUAAAGCGCUACUGCAUUGUACAUUUGCAAGUAGUUCUUGUUUUUGCAAUGUUUGCAUUUGUCAAAACCGACAACAAAUAUUGUAGAUCAAUUUUAUCGUUUAUUUCAUAUUUCUUAAAUUAUUAUUACCAUCACCAUUUUCUUUAUUUACACUAAAAAAAGGAAUUUUUAAAUCACUCAUGCACGUGUAGCAUAAAAAGCAACAUCCUUUUCAGCAAUGGUUUUCAAGACUGAUUUUUAUCGAUUUUGAAGCCAGCUACAAUUUCUUAAGUUGUUCGACAGUCAUGUACAAUUCAAAUUUUUUGAAAAUUUCAAAUCGUUGGCAAAUGGCAUGAUAAGGCCUAAA